UACAUACUCUUUGGUUAAACAAAUGUCAAAAUCAUCUGUCAUCAGUGAAAAUAAAUUUUAUGGAGGAGGUGUUAUGUCAUAUCUCUGAAUCGAUUUUUGUUGUUAUGAAUUGAAAGGGCCUACAAAGAAAAAUGGCGACUCUAAUCAGAACUACGAUUGUGAAGGUGAUUCCAGCCCAAAGUGGUAAAAUAGCUGGAUGUGUGGUGGUGCAAAACAGGAGUAUAAUGGGCAAGGCGUUUCGUAGCAGCCUCCCGCCUCCUCCACCGAAGCCCGCGCCCUUUGACUACGUGAAUAAAGAUUAUACUUGGUUACGUAGUUUGACUGACAGAACGACGCAUAGGUUCGACGAAAACACUAAAGUCGUGGUGGUAGAAGGGCCUGUAGCGGCUGGAAAGACGCAGUUUGCGGCCGCCCUCGCUGAGGAUCUCGGUAUGAAGCAUUUUCCGGAAGCCAACAUGGAUAUUCACUAUGUGCGACCGAACGGCAUUGACAUCCGUCAAUUUGACAAAGACAUACCUGAGGACACCAGAACCUUUGACCAUGCUAACUUCAACCGCACUCCGAACCAUCGUCUCGCUGGAAACUUCCAGAUUAUGAUGUAUAUGGCGAGGUACAGCCAGUAUAUUGAUGCGUUGGUUCAUCUCCUAAACACAGGCCAAGGUGUUGUACUAGAAAGGUCUCCGUACUCUGAUUUUGUGUUCCUUGAAGCCAUGUUUUCGCAGAAGUACAUAAGUAAGGGAGUGAAGUCUGUGUAUUAUGAACUGAGGGGACAAACUAUUGAAGAUUUGAUGAGGCCUCACCUGGUGAUCUACCUUGACUUGCCUGUUAAAAAGGUUCAAGAAGCAGUAGCAGCUCGCAAGAAUGACUAUGAAACAUCAGGCAAAGCCCUGACUGAGCCGUUCCUGAUGGAGAUGGAGCGUCAGUACAAGCACAAGUACCUCAGAGACAUCUCCACUCAUGCAGAGCUUCUUGUCUAUGACUGGACCGGAGGUGGUGAAGUUGAAGUGGUGGUAGAAGACAUUGAGCGUCUCAACUUCGAUCAGUACACAGAGCGUGAGGACCCCAAGAUGAAGGACUGGCGUCUGCCGCGCGAGCCGAUGUGGGCCGACCAGCGCGCGCUCUACACCAACAAUAAACACUAUCUCAUGAACCUGUUCAACAUCCCACGCUCUGAUGUGCCCGAACUCAUCACUGAUGCAGAUGAGGGAUAUGCCAGAGAUAAGCUGAUCUACAGCCACCCCGACUUCGAGUUCGUCGAGGGAUACGGCCCCAAGGACGGCGACACCCUCUUCAAGAACAAAGUGCCCAAGUACACGGAAUAUAUUUAAAUCUGAGAUCCUAGUAUAGGUAGAUUGUUGGCUAAUAAUAAAUUAUAAAAAAUA